GACAAAUGAUGGCUCAUAAUCUGACUUGUGUGCAGCAUUUCCCUCUUCCUUUUCCUUUACUUUCUGGCAACGAGAGUCCACGGGCCCCAGUGAAUUGAAUCAACUCUAUUUAACCCUGUCAUUUGGCUCAGAGACACAUUGACUGUGCAACACUUGUCAACCCCGGUACAUCAUCCGUCUCCACGCUGAGCAGUCAUGAAUGUGAUCUGGCUUUGCAUCGCUUCAGUGUUGUCGAUUACUUCAGUCAUUUCUGGCGAAAAUAUUGGCUCCAGGAACAUCAGAGUUUUCCCAGCAGUGAACCAAAGUAUUGCUGGCGUAUUCCAGGUUACCCUCUUAAAUGACCUCAACCAGCCUCAGUAUGCCUUCAACGCCUCUGAAGCCCGGGGGCUCUGCUUGUCCCUCGGAGUGGACAUGGCCUCGAAAGCACAAGUGUGGCGAGCCCUCACCAGAGGCUUAGAGACAUGCAGGUUUGGAUGGAUUGACGAACAUUUUGCAGUCAUUCCCCGCAACACGCCACUUUAUAACUGUGGCCAAAACCAGACGGGCUUGGUGACAUGGCGAGCCUCUGUGACAAAAAGUUUUGAUGUCUUUUGCUUCAAUGAGUCAGAUGCUGCGUCACAGUUGACGGAUACAACACUCAGCCCUGUGAGCAGCAGAGAUUAUCCAGAGCAAACAAAGUCCAACCAGACAACACAUUUUACGUCUUCCUCCUCCCCUCAUCCUUCGUCUUCCUCAGCCCCAAAAACCAUAGACACCAAGGCAGAAGCAGCCCCCUACGUCGGCAGUGACCAGGGCUUUGCUGGAGGAAAGGUUGCAAUCAUCACCUCAACCUGUGCCCUUCUCCUUUCUGCAGCAAUCAUCAUUGUCUAUCUUAAGACGAAAAGGAUGAGCUCUCAGAGCUCUUACAUGAAGCAGCAGCAGCAGCAGCAGGAGUACAUCGAGACAGAAGAUUGGACGUGUGGGAAGACAGUAAAUCAAAUAAAGGAAGAUGUUCAGGAUGAGAAGAUAGAAGUUGAUGACAACGCGAGCUGAGCAUGUUUCUGCUGAGAUAUGGUGAAGAAACACACUGUGGAUAUCGACUGAGUAAUAUUAUUAUUAACGCGAAAGAUGUGUCCCUAGAUGUGUCUGAAAUUAAUGUAACAGAAUGACUGUAAAGUACAUUUAAUUUUGCAAAUGUUGCACUGUGUUCAUCACAUGUAGUCUUCUGAUGUGAUUAUUGCUGCAGUUGAGCCACUAGAUGGCGAUGUUUGCUGUACAAUCGUUUUAAAGAAUAAAGAAUAUGAAUUCAA